UUGAGUUUCGCUAUUUUGAUUUACACCGUGUGGUGGCGGUAAUUCACCAGAACGGUUUGGUAACCAACAAAUAAGACAAAGAAGAAGAAUUUCUUCCUCUUGUUUUCUGGGGAAAAAAGUCUCGGAGCUUUCAUUCAAUUUCAGCCUUAAACAUGACCACUCCAGCAGAGGUGCGCCCCAAUCACACGAUCUACAUCAACAACCUAAACGAGAAGAUAAAGAAAGAUGAGCUGAAGAAGUCCCUUUAUGCCAUCUUCUCUCAGUUUGGGCAAAUUUUGGACAUUUUGGUCGCACGAAACCUGAAGAUGAAGGGUCAGGCGUUCGUUAUCUUUAAAGAGAUUAACAGCGCUUCUAAUGCAUUAAGGUCCAUGCAGGGUUUUCCUUUCUAUGAUAAACCUAUGCGAAUCCAGUACUCUAAAAUGGAUUCGGAUAUUAUAGCUAAGAUGAAGGGGACUUUUGUGGAGCGUGACCGUAAAAAAGAAAAGAAGAAGCCCAAACCUGAAUCUACAGGAAGUAAAAAAAAUGCUGCAGCGAUUGCUGGGGUACCUUCUGCAAUCCCAGGAAUGCCACCAAUGAACCAGGCUCCUCGCAUGAUGCACAUUCCAGGCCAGCCACCUUACAUGCCCCCUCCUGGAAUGAUGCCUCCUCCUGGGAUGGCUCCAGGCCAGAUUCCUCCUGGUGGGAUUGCUCCUGGUCAGAUGAUGCCAGGACAGAUGCCUCAGCAGGUUUCAGAAAAUCCACCCAACCACAUUCUCUUUCUCACCAACCUGCCAGAGGAGACGAACGAACUCAUGCUGUCCAUGCUCUUCAACCAGUUUCCCGGCUUCAAAGAGGUGCGUCUUGUUCCUGGUCGUCACGACAUCGCCUUUGUGGAGUUUGAAAACGAGGUGCAGGCUGGCGCGGCACGAGAUGCUCUGCAGGGCUUUAAGAUCACUCAGACGAACGCCAUGAAGAUUUCUUUUGCCAAGAAAUAACGCAUCUUCCACCAGGUCCUGAUUUAAUUUGCAUACAUGUCCGUACAUGUAAGUAUCUGAGUCAAGUUGCUGUUAAGAAAGUUGGAGUGAAAAACUGGGAGCUCUAACUUUGUGCAAUGGUUUGGCUUUAAUCUGUAAUGCUUGCGCAACUUGGUGUCCACUUCUCUGUUUUUCUGUUUCAUAGUUUAAAUUUUUUAUUAUAAACUGUUAAAGCAUUGCACCCAGUGUCUGGUCCACCAGACAUUGUACCUGGAGCUAUUCUUUUUUUUUUAUCUUGAUUAAAAUUUGAAUUGGUAAAACA